UUUGAUUUUCUCGCUCCCACGCUUUCUCGCUUGAACGACUGUUUGACAGCAUGUGCCCUCUCGCUCGGGACAGUUGCGUGUGCGUAUGUGCGUUCUCGCUCUUUCGCAUUUGCCCACAAUGCCAGGUUGCACAAUGCCCCCACAUUGCCGGUUGUAAAGUCCAAAAGUUUACUUUUAGCUAGAGAUUGAAUUACUUUUUGCCUGUUUUAGUUACAGCAUAAACCGGCCACAAUAAACAAUCGCUAUUUCAUCAUCACAUUUUGGUGAGUCGCUGGUGAGUGAGUGGCGCAAAAUUAGAGCAAUACAACGGUAUUAUUGAAUGUUCUCCGAAUCGCCAUUCCCCCAUCAUCCCAGUGUGCAGUUCGUGGUCAUAAUAAUAUGAAGUGAAAAUUGACGACAGCGAAAAUAUACAUAUGAUUGCCGCAUAAUCUGUUUUCGGAUCCCAGUAGCCGUACGUACUAAGUCGCGUAUAAAAAAAACACAAAUAGGAAAUGGCCGAAUCAAAGAAACCAACCGAGGAUGGCUCCCGGGACAAGGAGCUGGACGACCUGCUCGACAGCGCGCUCGAGGAUUUCUCCAAACACAAAGCAGACCCCAAAAAACCGGCCAAGAGCGAGGGCGGUGGUGCUAGCGGCUCGGGCGAACAGACCGUUCAGCAUGAAGAUCCGCCAACGGAGCAGCUUUGGAAUGAAGAGUUUAUGGAUCAGCAGGCGAAAAUGUUCGAGCAGCACAUGGCCGCCCUGUUCGGGGGUGGCGAAAAGGUGGACAGCGAACAGAUCAUGCUCGGCUUCCAGCGGAUCGCCGAGGCGGCCGGUAUGGCGGUGCGGGCGGAAGGACCGGCGGCGCCCGAUGCGGAACCGUCGCCCGCCAACACGCUCGACCCCACGAUCAGCCAAAGCAUUAGCGACGCCCUGAAGGCGAUGAGCGAGGGGCGGGAAAACCUGCAAACCCCGUUCAGCCCGGAGGACGUGGCCAACAUGUUCGGCAACAUUGACCUGAACGCGUCGGGCGAAAACAAUGCCUUCCUGCCGUUCAUGCAGAACAUGAUGCAGAGCCUGCUGUCGGCCGAUGUGCUGCUGCCGAGCAUGCGGGACCUCGUCGGCAAGUACCCGCAGUGGCUGGCGGAGCACUCGGCCACCCUGCCCAAGGAGGAGAAGGAGCGGUACGAGAAGCAGCUGGCGCUGAUGCAGGAAGUUUGCACCGAGCUGGAGAAGGAAACGCCCGACGACAGUGCGGAGGUGAAGAAGGAGCGGUUUCAGAUCGUGCUGGAGAAGAUGCAAUCGAUGCAGGACCUGGGCCAACCGCCGGCCGACCUGGUCGGUGAUCUCGGUGGACCGGGCAAUCUCAACCUGCCAACGCUAGAUCCGUCGUCGUUUAGUGAGCAAAAUCCCUGUCCGAUCAGUUAACUUCGCUCGCAUAAACAGUGGCCUGCUCGGAUGUGACGCUGGGGUCGGUCGCUUCGUGGGGGGAAUGAAUGUGAUGCUCCCCCUUACGGACACCUUUUUUGGUCGGUGUGAUGGUGGUGUUGGCUUAACAUUGCAGUCGUAUUACCGGUAUGCUGUGUGUUUUGGGUAGUGCGUAGGCUUUUGUUUGUUAGUUUUAAUACCUUUUUUUUGUUUCUUUGGAGCCGAUGAGGCCGAACAAUAUUCACGGUGUGCGUGCACCGUUGGACCGGGUUGCUUAAGCAUUGUGUUACACUACACAUACAAAAAUAAAACAAAAAAACGCUGCAAGCGUUCGACGUAGCGCUGAACUGUAAAAAAUCAUUUCCAUGGAUUUAAUUAAUGUGAAAAUUAAUAUCAAACAUAUUAGCUGUAUUAGCUGUUUUUGCUCACAUAAUAUUAAGUUUUUAUUUUAUCAGGUGUCGUUUCGUUUUGUUCGCUUUUCUUCCCUUAGUUUUGUGUUGCUUUGAUAUUUUGAAGAGAAAGACCUCAACACUAGCAUUUUAAGGAGUUUUACUUCAUUUAUAAUAUAAAUCCCGGGCUUAGGAGAUGCGUGUUAUUUUUUUUAUUCUUCUCCUUCUUCCAUACCGUCCCUAACAAGUGUACACGGGGGUGUUGGGUGGAUUUAUUGAGUAUGCAUCUAAUAGCUAAGUUUACCUUUUUUUAGGUAAAAAAUUACGUUUUACCAUUUCCUAUUGUACCGUGUGUCCUCUCAGUCUCCGGCAAAGAUUAUAGAUUAUAAAACAUUUGACUUUUGCAUAGCUCUUUCUCCCAACUUUUCCGCUUUGAACAUUUGUGUGUAACACAGCUGUGAGAGCUGUGAUUUUUCGUACUAACACUGCUCCUAUCGUUUGGGUAUGUGUAACUAACUUGUUCUCUCUCUCUAUACCAAGAUUCGUUGCAACAUUUACACGUUGUUCUAACACGCCUAGAGUGUUGCUAACUGCUGCUAUCUUCUGUUUGCUUUCACAUUUGUGAGCAGUUUAAUGAAGUGUGAGUGAUUUUUGUUUUAAUUUCUGAUUUGGUGAGAAAUUAUCAUUAUUAGUUGAUAGUUUUACGUAGUUUCUUUCGUUUUUUUUGUUUUUACUGUUUGAUAGUGUUUUUUUAUUUGGAGUUUUUUUUUCUCUUGAAUUUUCAUUGCACACAGAAGGAUUUGGAAAAAAGUAAAUUCCUCUUUAGUGGUAUAUCUUACGGAAAAUAAGGGCGAAAGGUUAGUGCCGGGUUAAUGAUUGAUGGAUUUUAGUUAUUGCCGUAAAAGAUUACCAUUAUGAGAAGCAGAAGAAACAAACAGAGCUAAUCGAACUGAUCUUUUUUUAAACAUCACAAUAAUUCGGCGGCCUCUUUGAGAAUCUUAAAUAUAAAUUAUUAUAUGUUUAAAAUAUAUGCAUGCUUAGAACUAAUGC